UACCCACAUGCAGCACUGGAUUAUCCUGAGUCUGAUUCUUUUCUGAUGAAUCGAGAUUUAUUUAUUUUGCCUCUUGAUUACUGAUUUCAAUUCCAUGCAGCAAUUUUAUUUGUCAAGCUGCUGUUUUUGAGGGCCUGUGGUUCUGCAGUCACUUGGAUGCGAUCCUUCUUCGAUUGCAUUUCUGUGCGAAGGUAUCGAAUUUUAUCUACCUGACCCAUCGAAGUAAGGCAACACCGAACCAGGAGAGCAAUACACACACAUGUUCCUGUGACAACUCUGGAUCGUUCUUUACAGGCAGAAGGAAGACGCUCACUGCCAAACAUCUCAAGAGCAACUCUGGACCUCUAGGACCCCUUUUUCUGAAGUUGAGAGAGUCCUGCAUGGCUGAGCUUUGUGUACUUUGUGUUUAAUAAUUCAUUAUAUCGAAGAAAAGGUGGGAGAAAGUUGACACGGUGAAUGUCUGGGAAAGAAAACAGGAAAAGGUCUUGAGAGGCUUCUUCAAGAAGUUUGGAGAGAGGAUUGCUAAGAAAGUUGAGGAAAGUUUCCUAAAGAAAUUGAUCAAUAAGGUUUGAAAGGCAAGCAGGGCAGAGAUCGUGAUCCGACGACCCGUAGGAGGACGGAGCGAUUGAAGGGCUUUAGUAGCCCUUAGUAGUCCUUAACUGGACCACCAGCAGGAGUAAAAGUGUCGUCCCGGUUGUGGCCCGAGGAGGCGUGGUACAGAGAGGGCGGCGGGAUGGUGAACACAGGGAUGCAGUUGAUAAGCUUCACCUGUGCCGUAACAGGUUGGGUGAUGGCUAUCGCCGUGACAGCACUGCCCCAGUGGAAGGUCACAGCCUUCAUAGGGCCCAACAUUCUGACAUCGGAGAUCGUCUGGCAGGGUAUAUGGAUGAACUGCAUCUACCAGACUACUGGCCACAUGCAGUGCAAAACUUAUGACUCCUUGCUGGCCCUGCCGCCGGACAUCCAGGCGGCACGGGCGCUCAUGUGCGUGGCCAUCUUCCUAGGCUGGCUGUCCUGCACCGUGUCCUGCUGUGGCAUGAAGUGCACCACGUGCGCCGGGGACGAUCGCCAUGCCAAGGCUGGCAUAGCGCUGUCCGGCGGGGUGCUCUUCAUCCUCACAGGCCUGUGCGUGCUCAUUCCGGUGUCAUGGACAGCUAACACGGUGGUGCAGGACUUCUACAACCCAAACGUCCCUAUCCAGAACAAGCGCGAGCUGGGCCAGGCCAUCUACCUGGGCUGGGCCGCAGCCGUCAUCCUUAUGAUCAGCGGGGUGGUGCUCAGUAGCACCUGCCCACACAUGGAGAAAGCAGCCUACAGGCGGGGCUACAUAGGCCGCAGCUUCGCGAACAGCAGGCCCUCUGCCAUGGACCCUCCCAAACCCAUCACCACCAACAGCCUGCCCCUUAAGGAGUAUGUCUAGGGUGGAGGAGCAGGAGUUAAAGUAACUGAAGACGUUUCCAUGAGACAAGAACAAAAUAAUAUGAUGAUAAUGGGGAUGGAAAUUGAGUUAGUUAAACCAGUGGUUCCCAACCCUGUUUGUGGAGCUUUCCCCUCUUCAACACUCCAACUUCAACUCAUAAAGCCAUAUUAGCUGAUUAGUUGGAUCAAGAGUGUUGGAGCAAGGUGGGG